CCGAGUGCAUCCGUUGCUCAGACAGACCCACACACCCUCAGUUACAUACAUUCUUCCAAUCCUCAGCAACCUGCGGGAGAUACACUCGACAAGACUAAAAUCGCAGAAUCUACCCAUCAGAGAACACCCUCGCAACACCACAGGUUACUGCCAAGGAUGGCGGGGAUGAAGGAACAGCAGUUCCCUGAGGAAAAGCCCUUGCUCCCAGAGCAGAGAGGAACCGAUUCGGACAUGCAGGAAAAAGGAGAAGAGGCAUCAGGCGGACAGCCGUGUCCUUCGACCCAUAAGCCCUUCAACACCCCCCCGUCGCACAGUCGGCCUACUCAUCGUUGGCAUGUCAUCGCACGACAUUGGCUCCGCCAGACCCGGCGUCGGACCAGCGGAACUCUUCCAGACAACUGUGAACAGCUGAUGCCAGUAGGCGAUUGGAAGGAACAUGAUGUUGAGACCCCUUAUGGGAUGCUCCAUGUGGUUAUCCGUGGGGCGCCCAAAGGGAACAAGCCUGCUAUCCUCACCUAUCAUGAUGUGGGACUCAACCACAAAUUAUGCUUCAAUUCUUUCUUCAAUAAUGAGGACAUGCAGGAGAUCACCAAGCACUUUGUGGUUUGCCAUGUCGACGCUCCGGGGCAGCAGAUUGGAGCGUCACAGUUGCCACAAGGGUACCAGUAUCCCACUAUGGACCAGUUGGCGAGCAUGCUGUCCACUGUGGUGCAGCAUUUUGGAUUCAAGAGUAUCGUUGGGAUUGGAGUUGGAGCUGGAUCGUACAUCCUGGCCAAGUUUGCUCUCAUCUUCCCUGACCGGGUGGAGGGCUUGGUUCUGCUCAACAUUGACCCCAAUGGCAAAGGAUGGAUUGACUGGGCUGCCACAAAGCUGUCAGGACUGACGAGCACCCUGCCAGACACUGUCCUGCCACAUCUUUUCAGUCAGGAGGAGCUGAUGAACAACACAGAGCUGGUGCAGAGCUACCGGCAACAGAUCAACAACACCAUCAACCAGUUCAACCUGCAGCUUUUCUGGAACAUGUACAACAGUCGGAGGGACUUGGAGAUGAACCGCAGUGGGACUGUGCUGAAUGCCAAAACCCUGAAGUGCCCGGUUAUGUUGGUUGUGGGAGACAAUGCCCCUGCUGAGGAAGGAGUGGUUGAGUGCAACUCCAAGCUGGACCCAACCAACACCACCUUCCUAAAGAUGGCUGACUCUGGUGGACUCCCCCAACUUACACAGCCUGGGAAGCUCACUGAAGCAUUCAAGUAUUUCCUUCAAGGAAUGGGCUACAUCGCUUAUGUGAAGGAUCGGAGGUUGAGUGGAGGGCCAGUGCCUUCCGCCAGCAUGACUCGCCUGGCUCGCUCCAGGACCGCCUCCCUGACAAGCGCCAGUUCCAUGGACGGGUCACGCUCUCGUGCCUGCACCCACUCCGACAGCACCGAGGGAGUUGGAGCAGUCGGCCACACUAUGGAAGUUUCCUGUUGAGGUGUCAGAAAAAGAGGGGACGAAUGGGUGUAGGGACAGAGAGAGAAGCCAUAGCGGGGAGCAGUCAAGGAGAUUGUUUUAGGAAACGAAUGUGAUUGGAUGACGUUAAUAGCCAUGAUAGCUCUCUCUGUCUUUGUUCUCAAGAUCCUUUGUCUGCUAUCGCCUAUCUUCCUACAUUGUAACAGAUCAGUUAAUGUGCAUUUACAGUCAAAAGUAGACAUGCAUUCAUGAUGGGCAUGAAUGUCACGUUCGUGUUUGCACCUUUAAUGAUUGAGUUGAAGUUUGCUUUCCUUCUCAUAAGCUGUCCACUGUAGUAACCGCUGUCCCUGAAACUCAACUCAACUCAACUCAACUGUAUUUAUAGAGCACUUUCAAACAGCCAUCGCUGCAUACAAAGUGCUGUACAUGGAGCAAUUUAACAUAUACAAUAAACAGUCAAACUAAUCGGUAAUAAAGACAGUAGAACGCACCAAUCAGUAAAACCAAGAACAAAUCUAAGUCAUGCUGAGUCGAACAUGAAAUAAGUGCACACAGCGUUCAAAUGAUUUAUACAGGCUCUAAUGUAGAUAGUAGAAACAUUCAACUCAAUCUACCAAGUAGCGACGAAGGUUCAAGAAGGAAAUUCGAAUGGACAGAGCCACGCCUUGCUAAUGUGUUUGGAGGAGUCACCAUUCACUGCAACUGGCGGUUUCUCUUUGCCAUUUUUCAGGUAGACCCUCCCACAUUUUUUAAUAUGCCUAAAAGGCAGGUCUGUACCACCAAACCAAUCUGUUUUAAUGAACUCGUUCAACUCUGCCGAGACAUGUGGUCAAAUACCAAGUCACAAUUAUCCCAGAAGAAUGCGGUUGGCUAUAAAAUGCAUCUGGUUGAGGUCAAACUCACAAAGGAACAUUUGACCAAUAUUAGCGAGUUUUAUAUCCACUCUACAUACGGUAUUUCAGCCAGUAUGUAAUAAUAUGCGAAUCAGAGAAAUUCACAAAUAAAUAAGAAUAUGUGCACUCAUUUCCUGUUUUUAAAUCGCCCCGAUCGGACAGUUCCAAUCAAACAUUAAAAGCCCCAAAUAAAUGUAUGCCCAUGAUUGAGUGUUUUGAAACUUCUGAAUGCAACUUUGCUAAUGCUAUUCCCAACUCCACCUUCCUUCAUAAUACUUGUCACAAACUCACUCUUGAAUUUGUACUCUUGACUAUCUCAUAGUUGUGUUUGCUAAGUAGACCCCUUUUAUUGGCUCGAGCCCCUUUCAUCACCCCUUGCCCCCGGCACAUACACAAAAACACAUGAACCAUUUGUGUAGCAAUAUUCAGUAAAGAUGUCACGAUAUGAAAAAAGGAGAAUGUGAGGAGGUCAAAGAAGAUGUAAGGGGUUCGAAAAUGUCUUUUGUAUCGGCACUUUACACGGUGGUCACAAGGUAUCCAGAAUUUGAGAGAAAUCAGAACACAACCAACUGUAUUGUCAGAGUAAUGCUUAGACUGCGCAUAAUUGUUAGUUUGUUAGCACGAUAGAUAGAUGACACACAAACGACAUUGCUUUUAAGCUCCACUUGAGUUAUGUGUCUCAGGGGUUGUACAGACUCGUCGACGAGUUGACUUUACUCGACAACGGCCUUUGGACCGCAAUCUCAACUAGUUGCUAAUCACGUCACUGAAUGCGAAGCUGUGGUAAGUGAGGGAGAAAAGGGGGUGGGGGGUGGGGGUUAAAACCAGAAUCCAGCAGGAUUUUGAACAACUUUUUGGCCUACACUAUCAAAGUAGACAGAGUAUGGAGAAUUAUUCCACCACCCACAAAGAGGUUCAUAAUUACCCGCAUUGAGGUCUCGGCCGCACUGGAGAUACAUCAUAAAUUUCCAUCAUGCAGAAUCCACUGCUGUGCUAAGCCCAGAACACGCGCAGUUUUCCUCGUUUGGCCAAGUUGUGCAAACUUGUGCAAGUUGUUACCUGGCUAUCCUGGUGGCAAACCCACAGAGCAAGAUAUGUAUUUUUCCCCCCUGGCUGGAAAUGCCAUCACACCACAGCGGUCGUGCUUUCACCCGGUCCACAUCAAUGUGCUUCUUUUCUAACAUAAGUUUGAUGUAAAUUUGGUGUUGCACAUUGUCAGUGAAUCUAGAUUAUUGCAAAUUAUUCCAUCCUCCUGUGAUUUAAAAAAAAGAAGAAAAUAUUACUGUAGUACUACACUGAAUAUAACAAUGAUGUCACCAGCUACUAGUUGACAUUGACUUGAUUUUCAUUGGGUUCGUGUCGACGUGAAAAAAAUUAAAAUAAAUCCAAGUCAUGCAACCCUUAGUAUGUGGAACAUCGCAGGCUGCAAUCAGCUCAUCAUUUUUAUUUACCUUUUUAUCAUGACCAAUUUUAAAUUAUGUGACCCAAGUUAUACUCAUUAAAAAAAAUAACUAAAAGCAUUGAACACAAACACACACAAGCUAAUUUCAAGUGAGAUGACAUUGUCUGAUUUGUGAGCUCUUCAAACACAUGCAUUAUGACCACAUCUUCAACAAAUAUUGAUGACAAUUUUUGAUUUCUUUUAUUGUUGCCGAGAGCAGCUUUCGGGUGUGUGCCAUUUGUAUUUCCACAACAGUACUAUAGUGUAGAGUUGUGUUUCGUAACAUCUAUAUGCAUGUGAUGUUUGAUCUUAUGAUGCUUUAUUCUAUGAGUAGUCUAGUAUUAGGGUGGUUACUUGGAUAGAGCCAUGCUUGUAACUACUAUCCAUCGGUCUGUAACUGCAUGGUUGUGUUUGUGGUUGUAGUCAACUCUUUGUGAUCUCCACUUUGACAAUCACUUUCUGAUCAAUAACAAACACGAACAGUGGGACAUAGGCAGCACUAGGCUUGUUCACCUUGUCUUGCUGGGUCACCCCCACCCCAAAAAAACCCCACACAAUAAUCAAAACUUACUCUUUUUAUUGCAACUUGCCCCUCUUCUUAUAUGUACCAAAGUUAUACACCCACACACACUUAAAUAUCAAUAUAGAUGUACAGUACUGGUAUGUACACACAUGCCAAUAAAAACUGCACAGGCUCGGUGUUGAAAGGGAAGUACUGUAUGACCAGGGAAAGAUGCAUAAAUAGUCAAACACAUUCGAGUAGUUAAUAAUUUCAGUGGACAAAGUCAGUAUUUGUUUUGAUGUGCUACGUCACCAUACAUGCAUUAGUAUAGUGUGGAUGUACUUAGAGCUUUAGAGUAGGAAAGUUGUGUGCUGUCGCCUGCGCUUACACUGGGCCGCAAAUGGGUCCCCUGGUUCUUGGAUUAUUCAUCUACAGCUUCAAUGCACCCUAGUCACCAAUGUCACCUGUUACAAAAUUCUUUUGUUCAGGUCCGGCAUAGCAGGUGUGCACAUCUCUGGGAUGGCCUGUGAGAAACGGGGCUGUUUUGGAGCCAUUUGGGCACCAAGCUCAGAAUGUAGGGCAACCCCCAACCACCUUAAAAAAAAAAAUCCCAUUCCCUAAAAAAGGUGCCCCGAUUCUCACAGGUGAACCCAGUCGCACCCUAAAGGGCUAUCAGCUGAAGUCACUUUUAUAAAAUGUCUGCCAUUAGAUGUGUGUGUGUGGGGGGUAGGGGGUUCUGCGCACCGAGAGAUUGAGAGACUGAAAAGAGAAUGUGAGCUUGUUGAUACUGUGGAGUAAGUUGUCACGAAGGGUUAUGUUAUAAACCUUACAAUUUUUGUAAAAUUCCAAAUACUCAUGAACAUGAGCUGGAGAAAGGCGUUUGACAUUGCAUGGAAAACAAACAUCUCAAAUAUUUGCAUGGAGUGGAGAGUAUGUGGAGUGUAUAAAAGACAAACUUCUACACACACUGCCCAGGGGGCUGGGGGUCAUGGGGGUAUGGUGUUUUCCUGAAUGUAUUUUGUCCCUUUUUUGAAGUGCUGUACAGUAUUGUCACCCUAAACCUUAUCCCCCCAGAAUUUCUGCACUAUACUUUGUACCUCCACUUGAGCCAACGUGAUGAUUCCCCCACCACAAAAGUCGUGUAGGUGACUUGUGCUUUGACACUGAAUGAGUUUAGCCCUUUUUUCUUCUUCUUGGAUUACGAGAGCUGGCUACGAACACCAGAUUUUGAUGUUUUGGUGAAAUUCCUGAUAUUAAACGCCGUCAACAAGAUAACACUUUAUUUUAGUUCAGUGAUUUGUUCACGUGUAUUAAUACAGUUAUUCUCCUUACUGUCAUUCAAAUUAAUUUCACUUGAGCAAUAAGUAUUUAUUUCUUGUUUGCAUUGUUUCAUCAUGUCUUCCCUGCUAUGAGCAGUCACAACAAUUCUUACCUGCUUGGCUGUCAUGUGUGAUGUAAAGUUUAAAUAUGUCAUCUAUACACCAUAAGCUGUCACUGUUCCAUGUACUAAAUAAGUAACAAGUUAUAAAUAAAGACCUAGUGUCAGCA